AUGGAAGACAGGGGCCCCACAAGAAAGGGGAAGUAUCACCACCACGGUGGUAGGGAUGAUGAUUGGCACAAUCGGUAUGACCGGCAUUAUCACAACCCACAUGAUAAUAACCGCCGUGAUAAUAAUCGCCAUGGGCACUUCUACCACGGGGACGAAGCCCCAAAGGGAAAGGACAACUCAGUGGAAACGCGGUACAAUAGCGAAAUGGCCAAGCGCAAUGAAAAGAAAAAAGACCAGUUUGAAAAAUCACGUUACCAUUACUAUAAUAGGCGAGCCGAUGAAAAUAGCUAUUUUGGAGAGCCGCAGCAUGUUGCCAAGACAAGCGAUAAAAGGAAGCACUCCCUGGACAGAACAAACGACCACAGUUAUCGCAAUGGUAAAAGGACAAGGGAAGGAACAAACCAGGGGGAGGAAGACGGUGUAAGUAGGAGGAACAAUGACCAUGUGAAAAGUUUUAAAACUGAAAAGGAACCCGACACGCAUGAAAAGCGUAGCAGUGAUGAAGGAGGAAGCAGGAGGGAGGAGACAGGGAAAGCGGGAAACAGUCAGGAGAAGCAUCUCCAGCUAGGUAAGGACAAGGUGGGGGAGAAGGACGAAGGAGGAGACUGGGACGGAUCGGAAAGCGAACAAUUUGAAAGUGAUAUACAAGGGAGUGACGAAGGGCAAAGUGACGGGGAAAGAAGCGGUGGGCCCCCCAGCGACGGAGAGGCGAUCAAAGCGCAGGGGCUGCUGCACGGAUGCCGGAGCGUGAAGAACUACAGGCGAUUGAACAAAAUAAGUGAAGGCACGUACGGAGCAGUGUUCCGGGCACAAAACAAAGAGACGAAGCAGAUAGUGGCGCUGAAACAGUUGAAGCACUUUUCAAGUAUGCGCCACGAAGGGUUUGCAAUCACAUCCCUUCGGGAAAUAAACAUACUACUUCAAUUGUACCAUGAAAAUAUUUUAUCAGUAAAGGAAGUAGUCAUAGGCAAACACCUAAAUGAUAUUUACCUAGUGAUGGAAUAUGUAGAGCAUGAGUUGAAAAUGCUCUUGGACAACAAAACCCCGAGCUUCACCAUUUCGGAAUUGAAGUGUCUACUGAAGCAACUACUCAGCGGUGUUGAUUACCUGCACACCAACUGGGUCAUGCACAGAGAUUUGAAAACGACCAAUCUGCUAUAUAGCAACAAAGGCGUCCUAAAAAUUUGCGACUUUGGAAUGGCCAGGAAAUUUGGCCAUAUAAAUAAUCAAAACAUCACAAGGAAUGUCGUAACGUUAUGGUAUAGAGCCCCAGAAUUGCUAUUAGGAGAAAGGUGCUAUACAAAUAAAAUCGACAUAUGGAGUGUUGGCUGCAUUUUUGCUGAAAUGAUUCUUAAGAAGCCUUUAUUUAUUGGGGAAAACGAAACUGACCAAAUUUUAAAAAUAUUAAGCUUGUUAGGUUUGCCAGAUAGGGAAGACUACCCCGAAUUUUAUGAAUACUCUUUUAUUUCGAAAAAUAAAGAACUUUUUAAGAAAAAAAAAAUCAAAAUGAACGUCACCAAAAUACGAUCCCAUUUCCCCAAUGUCGCCAACCAGUUCUCAGGGUUGUACUUAUCAGACACUGGACUGGACUUACUACAACAGUUGCUGCAUUUUAAUCCCAAACAUAGAAUUUCCGCGGCCGACGCUUUAAAACAUCCUUACUUUAAGGAAUUUCCCAAACCCUUGGACAUUGCCGAUAUGCCCAUUAUCCCAGACACCAAUAAGGUUAUUCGGUCCAAAAAAAUGACUAGCGAAUAUAAGAUCGUCGAUCAGAAUAAUAUACGCUUCCAUUCGUAA